AUGAACAACGAAGUAAAACUUGUAAUCCAAAAGAUGGAGAAAAGCAAAGCUAUGGAACCAGACGGCUACCUGUUGAAGAUAUACCCAGAGACCACCGUGAACCAAUCUGCAAAAAACAAGGAGGAUCGUGAGACGCCUAUAAAUGAGAUUAAUACUUUCGAUUUGACGUCCAGCAUAAAAUCGAAAGAAGCCCAAGAUAAUUUGACUUCAUCAUCUAAUUGGGGCAUGACUUCUCUAUUCCCCAACGCAGUGGGAAUUGGAAAAGAUAUCCGCAUAUUUCCUUUCAAUUUAACUUCAACUCCAUGGCUGCUUAACACGAUUUUAUCAUCUCCUCUAAAAUCGACCAAGUCAUUGUCUGGUCCGGAGAACUUUGAAUCGAACACGAUUCUUAAGGAUAAGAAAGCGUUGCGAUUUCAAAAUGAUCACAAAAUAUCAAAUCCGAAUAAAAAUAGCUGGAAUUUCGGAGAAGAGUUGUUUGGCAGGAGCCAAAUUUUAAUGGACAGAGAAAUUGAGUAUAGUGAUUACGAUGGAUGGGUCAAUAAUUUAGCAACACCUUCGCUUGGAUCUUCAGGUUCCGAUUUGCUGAGACUAAGUCCUGCCUAUUAUUCGGGAGACGACGGCGUAUAUAAAAUCCCACAUUUUAUCAAGAAUCAGAACUUAUAUGAAAUAAGUUCGAAAAUAUUCUCUGGUCCCUCUGGUCUAAUUUCGAAAACCAACAAAACUGUCUUUUUCGUAUCCUUCACUGCCCACGUUAUUAACGAAAUUAUGAAUGCCCGGGAACCUGCUUGCCCUAGAGAAAUGAUCAAAGUUAAGAUGCCCAAUUCUGCGUCCCUUUAUGCUUGCUUGAAUAAUAGUAUGAAUAAUAGGGAUGAAUUUUAUACGAUAUAUAAAAGAGCCGCAUACAAUCCCUUAACUGGCAAAUCACCAAAUUCGCCUAGAAUACAAAUAAACAAAGUAACAUCGUUUUUGGAUGGUAGCUCAAUUUAUGGCGGAAGUAGGGCUUGGAGUCAAUUUGUAAGGUCUUUCGAAAAUGGUCAGCUUAAAAUAGCACCGAUUAAAAAAAUUAGAGCCUCCAUUGAAGAUUACGAAGACCCGAUAUCGAUAGGUAUGCAAUACCCUCAAUUCAAUAUAGAAGGGCUUCCGAUGAAAAAUAUUCCACCACCUUAUACUAAAUCUCCUAUGUCAUACCAACGGUUGUUGAUCUUUGGGGAUGAUCGCAAUAAUGAAUCACCUUUAUUACUGACAAUGGGAACGAUUUGGUUCCGUUGGCACAAUUAUCUCGCGAACUUGAUAUCGAUUCAACAUCCCGAAUGGUUGGAAGAAAAGAUUUUUAACGAGGCUAGAAAAUGGGUGGUAGCGAUCUAUCAAAAAAUCGUAUUUCAAGAUUGGCUACCAGAAUUACUAGGCAUAGAUAAAGAAAGUAUUCCAAAAUAUUCAGGGUAUAAAUCUCACAUAAACCCAUCUAUAAGCAUAGAGUUUGAAGCCUUGGCAUCUCAGUAUUAUGUAACAAUGAUUCCCUCUACCUUAUAUAUAGGAAAUUCUUCAAAUUGUCUUCCAAAAGAUAAAAAUAGUGAAAAUGGUGGAGCGUUAAGGCUAUGUAAUUCAUUUUGGUCUCCAGAAAAAUUCUUGAAACAUUCCUUGGAAGAAAUUAUUAACGGAAUGAUAACACAAUUAGCCGAACAAGAGGAUAAUAUCAUCGUACCUGAUAUGAAAGAGUUUUACUAUGGAAAAUUAAAUGGGCUCACCAGGAGUAAUUACAUUGUUGACAAUAUCGUCCAUUCGAUAGAUGUAGGAAUUCCAAAUUAUAACGAAGUUAGAGCUGCUCUUGGUUUUAAAAGAAUCAAAAGUUUUAAAGAUUACAAGAGAAAUAAUCCAACUUCAUUCCAAGAAAACAGGCAUUACAAUGAUUUGCUAAACCUUUAUGAUUCUGACAUUAAUAAUAUGGAUGCUUGGACAGGUGGGAUGUUAGAAACUAAAAAUGGCAAGCCAGGAGAAUUAUUUUCCCUAAUCAUAUUCAACGAAUUUAUUAGACUCAGGGAUGGUGACAGAUUUUGGUUCGAAAACUAUAACCAAAACGGUUUGUUUACAGAGAGUGAGGUUGAUUUGAUUAAGAACACAAGCUUAAAGUAUAUUGUUAGAAGUAUUACCGACAUUUCUGGAAAAAGAUUGCAAGAAAACCUAUUUGUUUUAACUGAUGGUGAUCCAUGUCCGCCAUUUCCAAAAUUUGACUAUAGUGAGCCAUGCUUUCCGAUGAUGAUAGUGGAUUAUUUUGAAGGGAGUGAAACAACAUUCAUAUUAUCUUUUCUCAUGAUAGUCAUUUUUAUCAUAAGUAUAAUAAGAACUAUACUUAUAUUAUGUGGUAAAUUAGUUGGUUUUACACGACCACGACCCUGGUUUUUGGUCGAAAAAAUGAACCAAAACCAAAGCAACCAAUUUGGUCGACCUGGUGUUAUGACAAUUAUGUUAAUAUGGGCCAAAAGUAAACAACAGGUGACACUUAAACUCAUGGAAUGUAGGCCAAAUUUUAAAUGCAAGGAUGCUAAUAUAACAGGCAUAAAAUUUUCCACAUCCGAGGAAUGGAUGAAAAAUGAUCAUUUUCAUCCCGUCGUUAUAUGCUUUAACCCUGAAAAGUUGACCAUGAAUAUAUAUAGCGAAAGGAAGGAACCAUAUUCAAGAGUCAUAAAAUUUCAACGAUUAACUUACAUAGAAAUUAUGUUACCUAAAGAACAAACCAAGAGACACCGUCUGUUUUUACUCAAAAUACCAAAUGAAUACGACCACAUAUUUCUGUUUAAAGAAGAAGCCUCUUACUUAAAUUUCAAGUACGAAAUUGAACAAUUUAUUAAAUCCGCCAAUGUUAAAGUCAAUUUUCGUGAGGUAAACAAGUACAAAGAUAUAUUCGCUAACGCCUUCACUAAGAGAGACCGAGAAAAGCAAUUGGAUUUGUUUUUUAAAACAGCCUUUUCAUUGGCAUUCGCAGAAAAUUUUAACAAUUUUAAAGUCUCAGACAAUGGUUACAGUAUAGCAAAUGAUGAUCUAAAAUACGACAAUACGACCACAAUGGACUCUAACAUUGGAUUUAAUUAUAUUUAUCAAAAAACCUACUUUCAUGUUUGGACUUUUGCAUUAAAUUCGUUCUAUAAACUUUUGAGUCGUUUUAAAUCAAAACCUAUAAACCAAUACGUGGCCGAUAAUAUGCUAGUCGGAUUUAAAAACGAUGACGAAAUUAAUGCCGUGAUCGAUAAAAAUGGUUUUAAUGGUACUACCUUUAAAAUGAUAGAUUUAGACAAAACGGGAAUUACUGUUAAUAAUAAUUCCAAUAAAAGCCUAAAAUUAUGGCAUCUAAACAACAAUAUAAUGAAGCUCACCAAUUGCGAAUUAACACGAUCAGAAUUCUCGGAAGCUCUAUCACUGAAAGAGGACUCUAUUUUCGUAGAAAAUAUGUUUGCUUUGGUAGACAAAGAUAAGAACGGUAGAAUAUCUUUCAAGGAAUUCCUCGAUUUUACAAUUAUAUUUUUCAAAGGAAGUGCUGACGAUAAAGCCAGAGUAAUAUUUGACAUGUACGAUUCGGAAAAACAGGGUUUUAUUUCCAAAGCCGAUUUCAUAGCUAUGCUCGAAUCUUUCGUUGAGGUAUCGGGUAUUAAAUUGAAUGGUCCAGAAUUAACCAGGGGUUUAGAAACUAUGCUGGACUCAGCCAACUUUAACGGGAAACAGAUAUUAUCAUUCCAAGAUUUUUUAAUAUUAUUGGGAGAUCAUAAGCACAACUUUGACGAAUUACAUAUUAACUGGGAAGGUAUAAAAGUUUGCAUCCCCAAGAAAAAGUGGAAAAAGAGAGAGUAUGGAGAAAAUUUCCCACUUAGAUCAAGAAGAACUAUAAUAAAGGGAUAUAAAAAAUCGAGCACUAACAAUGACAAUCAUAUUCAAAAAGGUAACAAGAAAAUAAGCAAUGAUAAUAUCAAAUUUAAUAAUUCCAUGAAUAAUAUCAUAAAACCAAAAGAUGUCGAUGCUACAAGUAACGUUGUAGACAAAACUAGACAUGCUAGUUACCCUAAUACAAAAGAAAUCAAUGAUUAUAAUUUUAACAUUACUAAAUUCACAGACAAGUACCAACCAGCACACGUUGCCACAUCUCCCUUGCGAUGCAUGCACAAAAGAUUUUCCAAACAGUUCAAUUGUAACAACUAUGAUGUAACCUUAAACAGUGAAAAUAAAUGUGCAUCCAACAAUAAUAGUCUUAACAACAUUCCAAAUGUUAAAAAAAAACGACUUAGCAUUAAAACUUACAGGCUCAACUUACCUCAAAGCAAAAUAGCGCAAUCAUUAUUCUUUUACAUAAGAUAUUUAGAGAAUUAUCGAUGGCAUGUUUUUUGGUUAUCAUUUUAUACUCUCAUUGUAUUGGGAAUAUUCUUAGACAAGGCCUAUUCCUACACUUUCGAGAAAGAACACACUGGUUUAAGAAGAAUCGUAGGGUAUGGAGGCGCGUUAUCUAGGGGUUCAGCGAGCGCAUUAAUGUUUUGUUAUUCCACUAUUUUGCUAACAAUGUGUAGAAACUUGAUAACAUUUUGCAGGGAAAUUUUUCUGAGACAUUUUAUUCCCUUCGAUGCCGCUUUACAAAUGCAUAAAUAUAUAGCCUUUUUAGGGAUAAUAUUUAGCUUUUUGCACGUGUUGGGGCACUUCUUAAAUUUUUAUCACCUCUCAACCCAAUCCCCAAAUGAUCAAUUGUGCAUGAUGAGAAGUUUUUAUCACUUAAGUGACGAAACCCCAAAGUUUCAUAAUUGGUUGUACGGAACAAUAACUGGCCUUUCUGGAAUACUUUUGAUUAUGGUAUUAACAAUCAUAUAUGUGUUCGCACUACCCUUCGCCCGGAGAUACCUCUUCAACAUGUUCUGGAAGACCCAUAAUUUAUAUGUUGUGUUUUACUUAUUAACCUUCAUUCACGGACUUGGAAUGAUGUUACAGAUGAGCAUAUUCUAUCUGUUCUUUCUAGGACCCAUGAUUAUAUUUAUUAUAGAUAAACUUGUUAGUUUAUCUCGGAAAAAGGCCGAAAUUCCUAUAAUCAGAGCUGAUAUUUUGCCAUCAAAUGUAACAAAUCUACUGUUCAAAAGACCUCCUAAUUUCGAGUACAAAUCAGGUCAAUGGGUAAGAAUAGCCUUAACCAGUCAGGGUUCUAACGAAUAUCAUCCUUUUACUCUUACCUCAGCUCCUCACGAGGAUAACCUUAGCCUUCACAUUCGAGCAGUUGGACCAUGGACCAAUAAUUUGAGGAGAACAUUUGACUCAAAUUUUCUAACCAUCAAUCCACAUCCUAAAAUAUUGCUAGAUGGCCCUUUUGGGGAAGGGCAUCAAGAUUGGGAUAGAUUUCAGGUGUCCGUAUUGAUAGGUGGUGGAAUAGGUGUUACUCCCUUUGCUUCCAUACUGAAGGAUAUCGUUCACAAAUCUAUUUGCAGAUCCAAGAUGAAAUGCCAAAAGGUAUAUUUCUUAUGGAUCACUCGUACCCAAAAACAAUUUGAAUGGUUGACCGAUAUAAUAAAAGAUGUAGAAGAGAAUGACGUCAAAAAUUUUGUAUCCGUAAAUAUAUUUAUCACGCAGCUAUAUCAAAAAUUUGAUCUGAGGACAGCGAUGCUAUAUAUAUGCGAAAGACAUUUUUACAAAGUGAAUGAUCGGAGUUUGUUCACGGGGCUCAAGGCUAUUACACAUUUUGGGCGACCAGAUUUCGUUUCGUUUUUUAUGAGCUUACAAGAGGAGCAUCCAGAUAUUUAUAAAUUUGGAGUGUUCAGUUGCGGACCCCCAGCGAUGACCCAUAACGUCGAAAAUGCUACUCAAGAAAUGAACAAAUUGAAUCAAAGCGCCUUUAUACACCAUUUCGAAAAUUUUUAGAUUAUUUAUGAAUAAUAAUAUUGUAAUAUAAAUUUUAAAAAAUUCUCACAAGAUAA